GAUCAGUGAGAUCAGUGUCUACCACAGUAGCUUGGGGUUGUCAGGCAUCGGCACCUGCCACCUGCUGACAAAUACAGUCUUAUAACAUCCAGAGUCUGUGGGCACAUCAUGGGAAACUGCACUUCAGGGACAAAGAAGAAAAAGAAAGGGGACUCUACACCAGACCGUAAUAGCAGCUUAGAUAAUAAGCCUAACGAGGAUGUAACGUAUGCCUCUAUUGACCACGGCCCUGGCAAAGGAUCAAGAACAACUAGAGCUACUACUGACGAUGAUUGUGACUAUGCAACAGUUAACGUCCCAGCAGCGCUUCAACCUAAAACCGAGUCUGAGUGCUCGUCUAAAGAAGAAUGUGAUGACGAUUAUGUACUCAUGGGUUAAAUAGAAACAAGAAGAAAAGCUCAUUCAGUCUAUUGCAAGAUGCAGGACUUACAGAUAACCUUCAUUCUAAUAUUUUGUAACGGCAUUUAAGAAUUUGUUUGCAGUUGGACUGCGACAUUUCCAGUUUAACUCUUAAACUCUUCAAUCAAGAAACGGUGACAAAAUGAACUCAACAGCAGCUGGUUGUGAAAAAGCCAAGCCCCAAGAUGUUUUUUUCUCUACUUUGAGGUAAAUUCAAGCCUGAACACAACUGUAGUGUUCUUUCCUCAAGAGGACAAAAAUGCGUCGCAUUUGACCUCUUCACAGAAGAAACUCAACCUCAGGAGGAGAAUCUGUAGCUCUUUAGUCUAAUAUGCCUGGAUUUCUAAAACAUCGUGACAUUAGCACAUUAUUUGGAAUAAGUAAGUCAAAGGAAACUAGACUUGGUGUUUGGCUUGGGGAGUUUUUGCCAAUCACACAAAAGGAAUGGACAGUUCUGAACAUCUUCAGGAACAGCCACGGCUCCAAAAUACUGCAAAUCCAGCAGCUUCUGAUACACACUAUGUCACACCAUGACCUAAAUGACAGAUUCCACUAUGUGUCAAACAUUUAUGUGAUUAUAGCAUCUUCUGCAAACUUCUGACAGCAUACAUUUUGUUUUUAUUUGUAAAUAUUGGUGAACAUGAUGCAGUGAUGAUACGUGUAUAUACUAAAAAUAAAUUCCUAAAAUGUUGGCAUUAGCAGAUUCUUAGCAGGUUUUUAGUGUGUAGUGUGUUCACACUGGAAAAGUGGCAAAAUAAAGUGUACUCAAAGCAGACAGAAUGCAUACUAAAUCUAUACUAAAUGUCCUUUUCUGAGUGUGCUGUUGAUGGAUACUAUUCUCCCAUAAUACAAAGCACAGAAGAAAUGGAAUUUAAAACUUAAUAAAAAAAACAUUUUUGCUUUCUCUUUGUGAAGCUGAAUUGGCUAAAUAGUUUUCUAAAAUCACAGUUUAAUUGGCAUUCAGCCCUGCACGUAUUGUGUUAUUUCUUGUUAGCAUAAAAUGGUGAAGUAUUUUUUUUGUAUACUGACUGAACAGUAUACUAUAAUAACUAAUACGUAAUACAUAAUAUAUAGAAUUAGUAUGUGGAAUGAAUUUUGGACAUAGCUUUGGUGUUCAGACAUGAGGAAUAUUUGCACAUCAUGCAAGAGUAUGUUCAGUUCAGAACAUCUCCAACAGUAACAUCUUCAAAACACCAAACCCAGUAGCUUCUGACAAACUACAUGAUCUGAUUGACUGAGAAUCUUAAUGUGUCAAUUUUUUCAAUUAUUUUGAUGGCAUCCAUUUUUGUUAUAAAGACAAAAGUUUUGUCUUAAGUCUGUAACUUUCAGCUUUCAACAGGUGUGUGUGCUGCAAAAGUGGUCAAACUUUUUUUACCAUGACAGCAAAAGAACAGCUCUGUUACCGUCUAACAGAAAGUUGACAGUGAAGUGACUUCGUAGUCAGGUUGGCUAAUUUGAGUACAUCUGCUGUCAUUCUAAGUUAGAUCUUUAUCUCUAGUCUGUUUUGGUUGAAACAGACGCAACGCCUUUCUCCACCUUAAAAACCAAAGAAUGUCAUGUUUAUAUAAUUGUGUCCACAAUAUACCUUAAUCUGCUUUUCAGUUUGUGCUCAUUUUGCAACAUAGUGCCCCUGAGAACUGCUGCACACCACCCUAAAAUACUACAAAUAGGCUUGAGAAUGUAUAUUUUUUACGUUUUGUAUGUAGGAAACAUUUUUGUCUGCCUUUAUCUACCUUUAGGUUUAUUUAUACGUUUGACUAGAUGCGUAUGAGUUGCCUUUGAUUCAU